CAGGGGGGAGUGGCAGCCGUUUGGAGGAAAGAGGCAAAACAAUCUUUUAUCCUCCUGACCGGGCGGCUUUUUGGAUACCCGGGGUAGCGGCGGUGGUAGAAAACUUUACAUGUAGGCUAGAAUAUAAGUUAAGACACAGGCAGUUCCCAUCAACUCGCGACAAUCCUAAUAAAUGUAUCUGACUCCAGCAAUUUGCACUAAAAUCUAUAGAAAGCUGGUUUUCUUUCCCGUCUUGUCUGAAUAUGGAGUCCAAAUAUGUUGUGGAGAACUGGUCGGUUGGGACAGGAGUUGGCGGUGCGGACUUUAACUGCCGGACAGGCCGCUCGGUGCUCCGCGACACCCGGGUCCCCUCGGUGGAAAAAAGCCGUUCAAUGUUGGCGUACGCAAACGGGCUUGUGCCUGACAACUCCGUAAUGGACGGCAUCUCGACAGCGGAGGUUAAAAGCGAGAGGACUUCUCUAAAAGGGAACGGGCUGUCUCUGGGUGGUCGAAUAUUGCACGACGUGGAAAAAAAUGGCCUGGGGGACCAAAAAGACACUGGUUCCACAGGGAUCCUGAAAAGGGCGAGCCCCACUCACUGCUCAGGCAUAAACGGGCAGUUGUCAGGUGGCUUUAUGCAUUUGGACAUCAGAAACCCUGGGAAACAGCCAGAGCUGGCUGGCAACUUCAGAGCAGCACAAGGGCAGAUCCUACCACAGACAGAGAGACAUUCCCUCUCAUCCUCCCACAUCCCAGUCCCCAGAAACAGGAAGCCGUCAGGUCAUGCUGAUAAGGAGGUAAUGGCUGCCACCGUCCUGACCUCACUGUCCACAUCACCUUUGGUGCAUUACCCUUCAUCUGCACCCACAGCUACAGUCCCCGAGCCAGCCAGCAGAGCUUGGAAAGAGGUGCUGUCAACUAGCUACAGCAGUUCAACCAGCGGCAACUGGAGCUGGGAUGCCAGUGACCAUUCAGUGCCCUCCACUCCGUCCCCGCCACUUUUAAACGAUACCAACAAGAACUUCCCGCUCUCAUCCCAGGGUGAUGAUGGCAGCGAGGAUGCAGGAGAGAGCCAGCACUUCAUGUUUGAAGAUCCCAUACCUCGGAAGCGAAAGAAUUCAAUGAAGGUCAUGUUCAAGUGCUUGUGGAAGAACUGUGAAAAGGUCCUCAGCACCUCCUCAGGAAUCCAGCGACACAUCCGCACCAUCCACCUGGGCCGAAGCAGUGAAUCUGACAGUGAUGGAGAGGAAGACUUCUACUACUCAGAGCUCGAGGUCAACAUGGACAGUCUUACAGAGGGCUUGUCCAACCUCACACCCACCUCCCCAACCACAGCCGGUUCUCCGCCCAGCUUCCCUCCACCGCUCACCGAUCUCCCUCACUCCAAGCACAUCAACACGAAUGGUUUGCAGAGCCACGCCCCUUCACUGCUCAGUCACUCGGCUCCCUCCACACUCUGCCACAUCCGCACUGACCAUGCCUACCAGGCCGCCGCUCCAGUGAGUAUCCCAGUGGGUCCUGAGCUGGCUGGGAUAGGCAGUGGUAAUGGGAUCGGGCCUGGAACUGGGACUGACAUUGGCAUCAGUGUGUCGUGGCAGUCCUCUCCUGUCAUUUUUAAAGGCAUCCCGGGGGCUACAACUCAUGUUCGCGCAGUUAGCAUUGGGGAAAAGCGGCAGCCAGCAGCCAGUGCACACACCACUGUUAACAAGAACCACGCAUCGAUAACGCCGGCACCUAAAUCAACACAAGGAGCCAGGAAAUCCCGUGGGGAGGCGAAGAAGUGCAGAAAGGUGUACGGCAUGGAGAAGAGAGACAUGUGGUGCACAGCCUGUCGUUGGAAAAAAGCCUGCCAGAGAUUCACCGACUAAUCAAGUCCCCUUCCUCGGUCUGUGAUAUGAUCUCUUCCCCACUAGGAGUGACAGUGAGGUGGACACUUCCACUGAGGAAACGAGGGGAGUCUCUUCACAAUGGAGUUCUCAGCACUGCUUCCUUCAGCCCAGCAGGGGGUUUCGCCUUCACUCUUUUUUCGUUUCCAAACACAAAGACAAAAUGAAACUGAUGCUUCAAAGCAAACAAAAAAGAAAACUUUUAGCAAAAAAAAAAAAAAAUGUUUAUGCAGGUUUGGAUACUUUGUUCUAAGACUGAAACAUUUUCACUCUGUUAAAUAAGGAAAAACAGAAUUUAAAAUUAGAUUAUGAACCUGAUUUGAUUUUGUUUUCAACUUGCUUCAACUCAAGGCAUUGUUUAAAGACUACAAAUAAGCUUUUGGAUAUGCUCUGUUGUUUAUCAGAAGAGCAUCACGCAAGCUACUGUUUAUGAGUCGGAUCAUGGGUUAACACCCCGAUGUGCUUUGUAAGACCUCUGUAGCAUAUCUGUUUCUCAGUGUCGCUGUUUAAGGGACUCCAAACCUACCAUGUGCAAAAAAGCCUGUUCACUUACAGCCAACAGUUUUGGUGUAAGCUCUAGCACGUUUUGUCCCGUAUCAAACAAUUAGUUCAUUACGCAGAUUCAGAGUAGCCAAACAGCUGUAUUUGUUUUGCAAAACUGCACAAAAAUCCUUCACACUAAGUGGUACAAAAAUAUUUUCUGUGAUACACCAAAAUGUUUAGAAGACAUGUAUUUCCCGCUCUUUCUCUCUACUUUUAGAAAUAUGCACCUUCUUUUAAAGUGUCAUCGUAACCCCUACGUAUGUCAGAGAAAGUGGACAUCUGUUUCUUAUACUGUGUCAUUUAUUUUCAGCAAUGAAUUGCUGAUGCAACAAGUAGUUUCACUGUGCUGUGGGCAGAAUCGCAGGAUUGAUUGUCAUCUUUCUUGCUUUGUGGUCAAGCUGAGGCUGAAAGGUUGAUACAGUUUUCUUCUAACAGCCGAUGUUCUUAGAAAGAUUGUUUACCACAGCGAUACAUGAAUGAGAGCUGCCUUUUGAAACUUUAACGCACCGUCUGACUGAUCUUAAUUUUGUUUAUUGGUAAAUAACAGCGAGAUUGGCAGCUGAUGAUAAUAAGUCAGGCGUCAUAAGUCAUUUCUCACAGUUUGAAACAGAGAUAUAUUUGUGAUAAUUAGCAUUAACCAGCAUUACAGACCAGACUUAAUUUCAUGAGUUUGAAAUGAUUUUUUUGCUCGGGUGUAACAUUUGGAAAUAAAUAAGCAGGAACAAGCUGAGUCAGUGCAGGUCAAUAUUUUUGUAGAUUGACUGAUUUGUAAAAAUGUAAUGUAGCAAUAUUUUACCAAAAUGAGGUCUUACUUUGCAGAACAGGCCUGUAAAAGUAAAAGUAAGGCUGGGGUUUCCAUGCUUUAGGUAAAAUACAGGUGGUAGAUUUAAAAAAAAAAAAAUAUCCUGCUUUAAGAAAGUUUUACUUCAGUAUUGGCAUUUUAAAGUAAAUGGUUACUUCUAAAACCCCAUUCGUUAGCAGUUAACUGAGAUAAACAAAACAGGAAGCAAAAGAAAAACAAGAAAAAAUUGUUUAAUUGUAUUUUUUUUAAAUAGGUUGUCCCUUGUUUAAAGGCUAACCAACUUCAAACUGUAGAUCUGUAAUUGGCUAAAUUACAUGAGAGGACUAUUUAGUGAUCUGUUGUUGAUAUAAAAAACAAAUCAGGAGCAAUUAUUAAGAAUGUGUGUGUGUAUGCAUAUAUGUGUGUGUAUAUAUAUAUAUAUAUAUAUAUACACACACACACACACACACAAUUGUCGCUGGAGCUUCUGUGUUUUUUAUAACAUCCCCUGUUUUUAGACUGCUAAUUGUGAUAUAACCAAACUCCAGAUGGAAGUAAAAACAUUUAACGGGUAAUUUU